AUUUUAUGCGUUUCUGAACGUUCCGACCGGUCAGUUGCGCCAACAUUGAGAAAUUAAUUGUCAAAAUCACGAGUUUAUCAGUGAGCAGUGACAGUGAAAUGAUAACAAGAUAAAAUUGUAAACACGGCCAAGCUGAGGAUUAUGUGAACAAAAGAGUAACUACCUUCAAAUACUCAUAAUUUUUUUUAAAGUAGUUAAGAGGUAUUCAUCCAAAAUGUGUAUCGAACAAUUACCUUUGGAGACCUUAAUGGAUAUAUUGAUCAAGACAGAUGGUAUUACCCUCGGAAAAUGCCGUAGAGUGUGUAAAAGAUGGAAGGAAGUAAUUGACAAAAUGGACCAUCUCUGGGCGAAGAUGUGUCGCACAGAGUUCGAAUACUCAUCAUUUAUAGCUAGAAACAAGUCCGGUAGGGACUGCAGAUGGUACCACUUGUACAGAAACCUCACAACAUGGGAAAUAGUCCAAUCUUUCGACAUAAGAAUACGCGAUUUCUAUAAAUUUGCCAUACAUGACAAACACCAUGCGUUGCCUGUAGAUUUCGGUGUUUUAUCACUCCGAGAAACUAGGGGCCUUGUGGUCUAUGACAUGCAUACCCUGAGACAUAUACCAGCAGUCGUGCCAGAGAAAGAUUGCAUGAAAGUUUCCCACAAUGAUUACAAUACAGCAUUACUUCUUAAAUCCGGAAUAUUACUGCAGAGGACAGUCGAAAACUUAACAGAAAUGUCAGAAGCGUUUUUCUCAAACGCAAAGAGUUUCGUAUUAUCAGAUAAAGGAAUAUAUUUCUUCAAAGACCGAGAUGUUUUCGUCUGCGAUUUGAUGGCAAAGAAUUUGGAGUCAAAAUUGAUGCUACAUUGUGAUUAUGAUAUCAAACAACUUAAUUAUUUUAAGGAUAAGGUGUACAUUUUCACUACUUGCGGAAAAAUUGUUAGUAUUGAUAAAAAAGGUAACGUGACGACCAAAGCUAUAAACAUCCCGCCGGAAUGGAUGAGGCAAAUAAAGCAUGUGCAAGCAGUUGACGACAGGAACUUCGUUUGUUAUUCCAGAAACCUAUUUAAAAUUGAGACGGACAAGUAUCAGCAUUUGUAUCUAGAGUUUCCACCAAUCACAGCUUUGUUCUUUUAUGGGGACUUUGUCCUGAUUGCUACAAGGGCUGGCGAGAUAUUAUUGUACAGGCUAUCUAGUCAACAAGCAAAUAUUAAACCGAUAUUUGAGAAGUUAGCGGAAUUGCCUGAAGGACGGUUCGCUGUACAGUUGGAAGUGUGUGAGCGGAAAGUCGGUCCUGUAAUUAUAGCGGCAACAUUCUUUGACAUCAUUAUCUUGGAAAUUGACUUCUUCCCUGAGGAUAGAGAAAGGAGAUCACGUUUCACGAACAACAAGCUGUUUCUUUACAAGCGACUGAUGCGACUGCGGGACCGACUGCGUGUAGACGUUCCAUCCGUCAACGCCAUUGCGUAAAUACAAGCUUUAAAAUUAUAGGACUAUUCGUAAUUAUACAAUGAAACUAUUACAAUUUUAGUUAAGUGGUUGAUUUUCAUAGUCUGAUGGUUAUUUUGGUUAUUAGAGGUGGGUUUUUUAAACUGUAGUCUUAGUAUGAGUUUGCUUUACGUUUAGUUUGCGCGUUCGGAGCUCUGAUUGGUCGGCUCGAAUAAACCAACCAAUCAGAGCUCGCAACGCGCUCUCGUUUCGACUCGUACUAAGGGCACUGACUUGAUGCUAAUGUUAGAACUUAUAACUAGUAUUUUUUUUUAAAUCUCUUAACUUAGAAACUCAUUAUGGACAAUUUUAUUAACUAUAAGUGACUACAAAAAAUGUGUGAAAAUUCAACCUCUUGUAGCUAAAUCUACCAGCUCGUGUAUACAAUUUCUGAAUUGAGUAAAAUAUUAUUAUUGGUUACCAUUCAAGAAGAAUAAAGAAUUAUAAGUAAAAAAAAAUACUGUCACUGCUCCAAUUCUCAGUAAUGGCUAAGCCGUUGAUUAACCCAAUGUGUUAGAAAUAUGAUAUUUUCUCUGACUUUUUUUAACUUUCAAACUUUUUUAAGUCAGUGACUAAUUUUGAAAAUCAAUGAGUGAUUUUGACAGUCAAUGUGUAAUUAUGAACAUCAAUGAGCAAUUUGAUAGCCAAUGAGUAAUUUUAAAAGUGGAUGAGUAGUAUUGAAAUUCAACGAGUAAUAUUGACAGUCAAUGAGUAUUUUUGCUGCAAUGCUUGGUUAAUGCUACAGUUGUAAUAGUUUCAUUGUUAUUUUUAUGAUGUAAAACGUAAUCUUUAAAUGUUAGUUUGUACCUGUUUAUAUCAUCUAGAGAUACGAUUACAGAUUAUUAAUAAUUAUACAGCUUAAAUCUGAUAACAAAAUAAUCUGUAAAAUAACCUCUGUCUAGUGGUUAGACUAACUUUAACCGACUUCAAAAAAAGGAGGAGGUUCUCAAUUCGACUGUAUUUUUUUGUCUGUCUAAUAAAAAAAGUCUGUUUAAUUAGUAAUAAUGUGAAAUAUUAGGACAUAAGAUUAUUUAUUAUUUUUGAGUCAAACUAAUUUAUUAUCUGAAUGUAUGUGGUGUUAAGACUUUGACUGCCAAAAAUAUGUUGAAGGCAAAUCCUCCGCUAACGCCGGUCACUUUUGCCCCCUAUGGCUUUUAAUGUGUUGGAUGUAAUUUAAAUAUGUGAUGUAUGUUUUGUUUAUGAAUGCGAUUUAAAUAAAUGAUAAUGUCAGUAUUACCUA